GGAGGUGGGACGGUCUCCGCUCUUCCGUGUGUUACCGCCGCCGCCUCAACCUUGCUGCUCUUGCCACUCUGGUGCUGCAUUGCCGGCGUCAGUCGCGCGAGGGAAGGACGGGGUGCGACGGAACGUGCGUGCACGGGGGGUCCCCACAGUCCCAGCAGUUCCGUUCGCCCAGGGAGGGCAGCGGGGGUCAGCCGCAGGCAGGGGAGGCCCUAAGGCGGCGCCAUGUCGGCUGGCGGCCCGUGCCCGGCGGGGGCCGGUGGGGGCGCAGGGGGCACCUCCUGCACCGUGGGGGUCUCCCCGGGCGGUGUAUCCAUGUUCCGGUGGCUGGAGGUGUUGGAGAAGGAGUUCGAUAAAGCCUUCGUGGAUGUGGAUCUCCUCCUGGGCGAGAUCGAUCCGGACCAGGCGGACAUCACUUAUGAGGGGCGACAGAAGAUGACCAGCCUGAGCUCUUGCUUUGCGCAGCUUUGCCAUAAAGCUCAGACUGUGUCUCAAAUCAACCACAAGCUAGAGGCACAGUUGGUGGAUCUGAAAUCUGAACUGACAGAGACCCAAGCGGAGAAGGCUGCGUUGGAGAAAGAAGUACACGAUCAACUUUUGCAGUUGCACUCUAUUCAGCUUCAGCUUCAUGCGAAGACUGGUCAAAGUGUUGACUCUGGUACCAUUAAGGCAAAACUGGAGAGAGAGCUUGAAGCAAACAAAAAAGAAAAAAUGAAAGAAGCUCAACUGGAAGCUGAAGUGAAAUUGUUGAGAAAAGAGAAUGAAGCCCUCCGCAGACACAUAGCUGUUCUCCAGGCUGAAGUGUAUGGGGCUAGACUAGCCGCCAAGUACCUAGAUAAGGAGCUGGCAGGAAGGGUCCAACAAAUACAGCUCCUAGGACGAGACAUGAAGGGACCUGCUCAUGAUAAACUUUGGAACCAGUUAGAAGCUGAAAUACAUUUGCAUCGUCACAAAACUGUUAUCAGAGCCUGUAGAGGACGGAAUGACCUGAAACGACCAAUGCAAGCACCACCAGGCCACGAUCAAGACUCCUUAAAGAAAAGUCAAGGUGUUGGUCCAAUUAGAAAAGUUCUCCUCCUUAAGGAAGAUCAUGAAGGCCUUGGCAUUUCAAUUACAGGUGGGAAAGAGCAUGGUGUUCCAAUCCUCAUCUCUGAGAUCCACCCCGGGCAACCUGCUGAUAGAUGUGGAGGGCUCCAUGUUGGGGAUGCUAUUCUGGCAGUGAAUGGAGUUAACCUAAGAGAUACGAAGCAUAAAGAAGCUGUAACCAUUCUUUCCCAGCAGAGAGGAGAGAUUGAAUUUGAAGUAGUUUAUGUGGCUCCUGAGGUGGAUUCCGAUGAUGAAAAUGUAGAAUAUGAAGAUGAGAGUGGACAUCGUUACCGCUUGUACCUUGAUGAGCUAGAGGGAAGUGGUAAUCCAGGUGCUAGUUGUAAAGACACAAGUGGGGAACUCAAAGUGUUACAAGGAUUUAGUAAGAAGACAGUAACUGAUACACAUGAGAAUGGAGACCUGGGAACUUCGAGUGAAACUCCCAUAGAUGCUAGUGAUUCUAAAUUCGAUGGCUUGCACAGUCUGUGUCAUACAAGUUCUUAUUAAACUGACAGUAUCUCCAGACAAGAUUGUUAA